GCCGUCAAAGAAACCCGUUAAGGUCUCAUCUAUACAAGAAAAUCAUAUUAUAGGAAUCUACAUCUGCUCCCCCUCCCUCUCUCAAUUUGUUGGUGGUGCUCAUUAAUAAUCACGUGGUAGUAGUAGUUGCUGUAAGUAUCGUUGUGUUUCUUGUUUUUGGGUCUGGUUCGAACAGGGAAUAAUACUAAUAACACUAAUAAAAAAAUGGUUCCUGGGCUAAUCAACGCCAAUCCUGUAAUUUAUGAAAAGAAGGAGAGGCGGGUUCGAAGUGUUGACGACAAUGAGUAUACUGCUGCUGAGUCUAUUGAUCAACUCGAAGUUUUUGAUCAUAUUAGAGACAUAAAAGAUCCAGAGCAUCCAUACUCUUUGGAAGAGCUUAAAGUGAUAACGGAAGAUGCCAUUGAAGUAGAUGACAAGCUCAGUUAUGUCAGGGUGACCUUUACUCCGACAGUUGAACAUUGUAGCAUGGCAACAGUUAUUGGUCUUUGCUUGAGAGUCAAACUUAUGAGAAGCCUGCCACAACGUUACAAGGUGGAUAUCAAGGUUGCACCAGGAACUCAUGCAACUGAAGCUGCAGUUAAUAAACAACUAAAUGAUAAAGAGAGAGUAGCUGCAGCACUGGAAAACCCAAACCUGGUGGAUAUGGUUGACGAAUGUUUGGCUCCGACAUAUGCUUGAAAUAUUUCCACAUAACACAGCUGAAAGCUUUCUGUGCGCAUCACUCAAGGCAGCUCUUGUUAUCAUGGCCUUUAUACAAUUACUUGUUAUUGUUCGUCCCUUCUUUUUGAUACUUUGAUAUGUAUACAUAAAUGAGGUUCAAAUCCACAGAAUACAGUUGGAAGCCGUAUGCUUUUGAUAGAAUUGAACUCUGGCGCACAUGGCGACAUAACAAUUUCUUCUGCCCUUGUUAUUCCACUUUUCAGUUUGUAUUCUGAUUGAUAUAGGCAUGCGAGGUUUAAAUGAAUAAUGAACAGUUUUGGACUUA